CGCGACAGGAAACUUGAUGUUUGACAACCACGUACAAAGAAAUAUUUUCAUUCAAUUUCUCAACAGGAAAAGCAUGUAGCUUUGUGACUUUCUUCCUGCGUCUGACCACAACUUAUAUGUAUCGAUUGCAAGGGGUGAUAUAUUUGCCUCUACAAUGUCAAAGGACUCCAAGAAGAUGAGAACAGAGCGUCAUCUUCGUCAGAUACUUGGUUUAAAUGGUCAAGAGAGGGACAGUGCCUACAUCGAGAUGGGAGAUAACUCUGAUACAGAAGAGAGAAAGAAAGACAUGAAGAUAUUCUUUGUAGACUUAUCUUCCUUUACAAGUUCAGUCCAGUUUGUGAUCCUGUGUGCAGCAACAUUUUUCUUUUAUCUUAUUUAUGGUUACUUCCAGGAAUUGAUAUUCCGCCUAAAGGAGUUCCGUCCACAUGGCUGGUAUCUUACUCUGGUACAGUUCGGAUGUUACACGUGUUUUGGCCUGAUUGAAAUGGUCUGCACUGGUGAUAAAACCAGAAAGAUACCUAUGAAGAUGUAUUGUUUGCUAGCAUUCCUUACAGUUGCUACAAUGGGUCUCUCUAAUACAUCAGUUGGAUAUCUGAACUACCCAACACAAGUUAUAUUUAAAUGUUGUAAGCUUAUUCCAGUGAUGAUAGGUGGAGUUCUCAUACAAGGCAAGAGAUAUUCACCAUUAGAUGUCACUGCAAUGUUGAUGAUGGUAGUAGGUCUUAUAUUGUUUACGUUGGCUGAUAACAGUGUUUCUCCAUCAUUCAAUACAUAUGGUGUUAUACUGAUAUGUCUAGCAUUGUGUGCUGAUGGACUCAUUGGUAACUUUCAAGAAAAAACUCUGAAACAGUUUUCAGCUGCAAACUCAGAAAUGGUAUUUUACUCCUAUUCUCUGGGCUUUGUGUAUAUACUGGUUGGAAUAUUAUUACUUGGUGAUAUUGUCUCUGCUUUUAAAGUUUGUCAACUGUAUCCAGUGCAGACCUAUGGAUAUGGGCUGAUAUUUUCACUGUCUGGCUAUAUUGGUUUAUACAUAGUACUCACCCUUGUAAAGUCAUUUGGAGCUCUUAUAGCUGUGACAGUGACCACAUGUAGAAAAGCUGUUACCAUUAUUUUGUCUUUCCUGUUUUUCACAAAGCCUUUCACAUAUCAGUAUGUAUGGUCCGGGAUGAUAGUUGUGGCUGGAAUUUAUCUGAAUGUAUACAGUAAGAAUAAAGUAUCAUGGGAUACUACAAUAUCACAUUGGUACUGGUAUAUACGACAGAGACUCGGUAUAGAAAGGAAAUAUCCCAUCAGAAGUGUUACAAGUACUGUUGUGUAACAGUCAUACUUGCAGGGUGUUUUGUACUAAAAGAGAUUAAUUAUUUAUUUCAAUAGUUGUGCAUUUUAAUGUAGUAGGGAAAAAUCUCACUUCACUUUAGGGUUAUUUUGUUUGUUGAGGUGUUAUAUGUUAUUUAACUAUUUAUAAUUGUACUAUUUUUAGCUCACCUGUCACAAAGUGACAAGGUGAGCUUUUGUGAUGGCGCGGUGUCCGUCGUCCGUCCGUGCGUCCGUAAACUUUUGCUUGUGACCACUCUAGAGGUCACAUUUUUCAUGGGAUCUUUAUGAAAGUUGGUCAGAAUGUUCAUCUUGAUGAUAUCUAGGUCAAGUUCGAAACUGGGUCACGUGCCAUCAAAAACUAGGUCAGUAGGUCUAAAAAUAGAAAAACCUUGUGACCUCUCUAGAGGCCAUAUAUUUCAUAAGAUCUUCAUGAAAAUUGGUCAGAAUGUUCACGUUGAUGAUAUCUAGGUCAAGUUCGAAACUGGGUCACGUGGGUUCAAAAACUAGGUCAGUAGGUCUAAAAAUAGAAAAACCUUGUGACCUCUCUAGAGGCCAUAUUUUUCAUGAGAUCUUCAUGAAUAUUGGUCAGAAUGUUUACCUUGAUAAUAUCUAGGUCAAGUUCGAAACUGGGUCACGUAGGGUCAAAAACUAGGUCAUUAGGUCUAAAAAUAGAAAAACCUUGUGACCUCUCUAGAGGCCAUAUUUCUCAAUGGAUCUUCAUGAAAAUUGGUCAGAAUGUUCACCUUGAUGAUAUCUAGGUCAAGUUCGAAACUGGGUCACGUGGGGUUAAAAACUAGGUCAGUAAAUCUAAAAUUAGAAAAACCUUGUGACCUCUCUAGAGGCCAUAUUUUUCAUGAGAUCUUCAUGAAUAUUGGUCAGAAUGUUCACCUUGAUGAUAUCUAGGUCAAGUUCGAAACUGGGUCAUGUGGGGUCAAAAACUAGGUCAGUAGAUCUAAAAAUAGAAAAACCUUGUGACCUCUCUAGAGGCCAUAUUUCUCAAUGGAUCUUCAUGAAAAUUGGUCAGAAUGUUCACCUUGAUGAUAUCUAGGUCAAGUUCGAAACUGGGUCACGUGCAGUCAAAAACUAGGUCAGUAGGUCUAAAAAUAGGAAAACCUUGUGACCUCUCUAGAGGCGAUAUUUUUCAAUGGAUCUUCAUGAAAAUUGGUCAGAAUGUUCACGUUGAAGAUAUCUAGGUCAAGUUUGAAACUGGGUCACGUGGGGUUAAAAACUAGGUCAGUAGAUCUAAAAAUAGAAAAACCUUGUGACCUCUCUAGAGGCCAUAUUUUUCAUGAGAUCUUCAUGAUUAUUGGUCAGAAUGUUCACCUUGAUGAUAUCUAAGUCAAGUUUGAAACUGGGUCACGUGGGGUUAAAAACUAGGUCAGUAGGUCUAAAAAUAGAAAAAACCUUGUGACCUCUCUAGAGGCCAUAUUUCUCAACGGAUCUUCAUGAAAAUUGGUGAGAAUGUUCAGCUUGAUGAUAUCUAGGUCAGGUUUGUAACUGGGUCAUGUGCGGUCAAAAACUAGGUCAGUAGGUCGAAAAAUAGAAAAACCUUGUGACCUCUCUAGAGGCCACAUUUUUCACGAGAUCUUCAUGAAAAUUGGUGAGAAUGUUCACCUUGAUGAUAUCUAGGUCAAGUUUAAAAGUGGGUCACGUGCCUUCAAAAACUAGGCCAUUAGGUCAAAUAAUAGAAAAACCUUGUGACCUCUCUAGAGGCCAUAUUUUUCAAUGGAUCUUCAUGAAAAUUGGUCAGAAUUUUUUAUCUUGAUGAUAUCUAGGUCACAUGUGCUCAAAAACUAGGUAACUAUGUCAAAUAAUAGAAAUAAUGACGUCAUACUCAGUUCAACACUGGGUCAUGUGGGGAUAGGUGAGCGAUUCAGGACCAUCAUGGUCCUCUUGUUUGUUUUUACAGAGGGAUAAAUAUGAAGGCAUUAUUAGCAAUUAUGAAUUAUUUAGAAGAUUCUGUCAGAUGUGUUUCAUGUUAAAGCUUGACAGAUGUACUGUGAAGUGAUUAAUAUUUGUGGGGGACUAAUUUUCGUGGAUUUCGUGGUUGAGUCAACCCACGAAAUUUAAUCCCAACGAACAAGUGAAAUUCUCAUUCAUUUUAUGUUCAAAAGUUGAAAUCCACGAAUUCAUAUCCCCACGAAAUUGCCGUUUUGACCCAAACCACGAAAUUUCAUGCCCACGAAAUUAAAUGAUUUUACAGUAUUUCAUGUUUAAGUAUGAAAGGUGUAGUUCAUGUAUGUUUGACAAGUAUAUUUCUUGUUUAAUUUGAACGGGGUAAUUGUACCCCACCACCCUCCCUGGGUAUACUGGUUUCAGGUUGUCUGUCUGUCUGUCCAUCCAUCUGUCCGUAAACACAAUCUUGUGCGCACCAACUCUUCAUCCCCUUGACACAAUUUAAUGAAACUUCACACAAGUGAUCAGUAACAACAGUAGUUGUGCAUGGUGCAUGUUAGGUUCAUUCAGAAAAAAAAUUUGCAGAGUAUUUACGGCAUCUUUUUAGUCCCUUCUUGUUUGAGAGAUACCUUCAACAUGUCUGUCAGCAGUUUUAAUGACAGGACCUGUUGAAAGUACCUUUACUUUGUACCCAUUUAUGUUUAGACAUUCUGCCCCUAUUCCAAUAACCAUCCUGCCCACACCUUCUUCUGAUAAGUUGAUAGAACAAUUUUUAAUGUUUUGUGAAGUGUUUACCCACUCAAGUGUUCUUUAUAGAUGACUUUUGUGAUAUAUAUUUUACAAUUAUAAAUCCUUGUUGAAACUUUGA